GCAAUCCGCAGCGUCUCCAUUCGAAUGUAAACGGCUAGCUGUAUUCUUCAUACUAUUAUCAUUAUAUUAUUCUUUUUCCAUUUAUCAAAUUAGCCUGAUCAGAUUCAAAGGAGAGCGAACGAAAUGCAGAGCAGUCAAGUCAAGUAUAUUUUCUCAGACCCUUCAUUCCUCUCAAAUCCAAUUCAAAAGACCAUUGAUUUUCCGAACUAUUCGUAUCCAUUUCCCAAACAUGCCGUGCUUUCCCAUUUCCAUUUCAAUUUGCAGAAACCAAUUGCGUCAGCGAGGAAAAAGAGAAGGCACUCCGGAUUCGUCAGAUCAACCAAAAUCAUGCUAGAAUCAGCCUAUUUCAUUGCGUCAAAGCUCAAUAUCUUGCCAGAGCCAUUCGAUUCAAUUAUACGAGAAUUUGGAGGUGGAAAUGGAGGUGGUUUUAGGUUUUGGAGAGGUCAUGGAUUUGAUGGGUGGAGAAGAAGAAAGAAGAUAAAUUGGGGAUUUUGGGUCUUAUUAGUAAUCAUUGGUGUGGGAUUGUGGUUGAUUUUGGCCAAGGAAUUGGAAAUUGAUGUGUUUUUGGGGAUUUUGGGUUUAACCCUUUUUGGGUUUUCAGUUAAUGUGUGGAAAAGAGGGGUUUCGGAUUGGGCAUUAGGGUUCUGUUGUUGUGCGGCAUUGUUAGGUUUUUUGUUGAGAGAAGAUUUGCUGAAACGGGUCGGGUUUUUUGGUACUGUGAAGAUUGCCAGAAGAAGGAAAAGGUGACUGUUUUAACCAAAAUUUUUCAUAAAAAUGGAGCUGUAUUCUCUGUACGAAUUAUAUUUCUUUAUCGUUUUUUUUUUGUUGCUCUUAUAUAGAUAUAGAUUUCGUAUGA